UGAAGUUUCUGGUUCUUUCGAUCUCGUAACACCCAGUCUGUUGUCACCGUGACUUGAAGUGUGCUGGAUUUCCCUCUCUCUGAAGCAAAACAGGUUCAUUUCGUUUCUCACCAACAAGCUAAAACAAACCGAAAGACUAUGAACAGUCUGAUUAGGUCGACGGCCAGGUGUUUGCGGGCGGGCGUGGCGGUCUAUCUGCCCGGGCGAGCCAGCGGACCGGUGUCGCUGGCCGCGGCCCGGUACCUGUGCGCGGCGGCGGACAUACAGAAAGACCUUGGCGAGAUGGUGAAGAAGGACAAGGUGGUAGUAUUUAUGAAGGGGACGCCGGCACAGCCCAUGUGUGGCUUCAGCAACGCCGUGGUUCAGAUCCUCAGGAUGCACGGGGUGGACGACUACGCUGCGUACAACGUGCUGGAGGACCAGGACCUCAGACAAGGAGUCAAGGUCUUCUCCAACUGGCCGACGAUCCCUCAGGUGUACUUCAAUGGAGAGUUUCUGGGAGGCUGCGACAUCUUGCUCCAGAUGCACCAGAACGGAGACCUGGUUGAGGAGCUGAAGAAACUCGGCAUCAAGUCUGCGCUGCUGGAUGCCGAGAAAGAGUCCAAGUAGAGGACCAGGGGUAAACCUCAGGCAGCUGACAAGACAAGAGGAUACAUUUAAAAGGUUCAAUCCCCCUGCGGCUGGCGCAGAAAAGGUCACUUUCUAGCCGGCCACUGACAAAAUUGACUCAUGCUUUCCGAGCUACAAGGCGCACCAAGAGUCCAGAUCUGAGAGGAACUGAUAGGUGUAAGCAGUUUUUGUGAAAGCCCUGUAUCGCAUGUCAUUAGCGUACGUGCAUUACUGUGUUACAGUGUGAAUACAACCGGCUGGGCGAGAGAUACGGAGCUCUUACUGCACUGCUUACACAUAUCCAGCCCUACAGGAUUUGCACAAAUGAAGUGCCUGGGAGGUGAGGACUUGAGUUUUGUGGCAUAUGAAGUGUUGGCUUGGUGUCUCUUCCUCAACCCAAGCCUGUGUAACACCAGCACAUGGACGGGAAAAAGAGUGGACAGUAUUGUCAGUGUGGCAGGUUUCCAGAAUUGGGAGUAUUAAAGGUUUUACCCAGACCUUUAUCCCAUUUCUGUGUUUUGAUCCUUUUUUCCAAAUUUAAUAAGAGGAAAAGAUGAUGGGGAUGCUAAAUACCUUUUACCUAUAACCCUUUAAUAUUCCUCGUAAACAUCCAAGUUAAGCCCCCAGAAAUUAAAUUCCUGUUACUUAAACUUUCUGAAAAACAGUGUCUUAGUAGGCGUAAAUAAAAAUUUCAACCAAUUGAGUCCUCACAAAGUAUUUUUUAACAAUCCCCUCCCUCCAUGCAGUUCAUUAAAACAAAACGGUUUCUCUCUGAGGAACAUCCUGUUCUCACAGGAAAUAGAUCAAAAUCAAGGAAAUAAUAAUAGGGGGUGGCAUGUUGAUUUUUGCCUGCAUAUCUUCUGAUCCUGCCCUCCAAAACAACCCUGUUUCCUCAACUGUUCACUUUUUUCCCCCCUAAGCCACAAGCUGUUCAAGACCAAAUCAGCCUCAGCUCAGCUGGCACCCGGAAGUGAUGUUAUCAUCACACCGGAAACCCUCCAAAUGCACUGCCUGUCUUUCCACUUGAAGGAAGAAUGAAGAGUGGGCAAUACUGUCGCAGCCAGUAAAUACUGAUGGUACAGUGCAUAUGCAGUGAAACCAGGCCACUUGGUCAUCACACAUUUUCCCCAUAAUAAGGUCUAAAGUGGGUGCACAAUGUGUGUCAAAGGUUAAUAAUGCUGAUAUGGGAACCUGUUCACACAAAUAGCUUUAAUUUCACGGUUCAGAUGUCUGUCCAGGUCUGUGCAGUUCGUGAAUGUGUGCCUGGUUUACUAGCCUGUCAUGGGGAGGAAUGUCUGAGAAUUGGGUGCAGGCAAAAUGUCCCUUAUUUGCUCUGCACACAUUUUAUAUCAGUUCUAACUGGUUGCGACAAUAUUGUCUCCCAUGUACUCCUCCACCUGGUAGCCAUGUAUUGUCUACUGCUGAAGGUAUUCAUUUACAAAACACGUACGCUCACUUUAAAUGUACACACCCGCUCAAACGCAACAAUGUUUUCCUCCACCUUUCUCUGCUUUUUCUUCCUUGAAGAUGACUGAUUUACAUUAGUGUGUCUAGAUAAAGAGCUUCAUCUUCAGCUUCAUCAAGUGAUCUAUCAACAGAUCAAGUGUCUAUCCAGGUCUGUGGUAUUUGUGAAUUCCUCAGUGAAUGAAAGGGAGUUUUUCUUUUGUUUUGAGCCGAAUCCCUGACACUUACCAAUCAUAGCAGUUCCUUCUGCUGUAUACAGUUGUAUUAUCAAAGCAGUGCUCAUGUAGUACACUGUAAGAUAUUGUAUAUUGAAAGUAUAUGUAUUUUAGCUGCAUGUAAUGUAUGUACCAAUUAAAUAUUUUGCAACACAA